AUGACGGGAGAGGAAGACGGCGAUGUCACCCUCGAGGCUAUUCCCGCGUUGGAUGCUCUUCUUGAGCUGGACGAGCAGUCCUUCGGAGAGUUUGGCGGUGCCUUGAAGGCAGGCAAUUUAGCCGAGGUGGUCAUUGUACGACCGAACGAGGAGAUUAACUCGUUGUUGAUUCUAGAUGAAUCUGUCCUGGAGGACACCAAGAAGGUGCUGAACGCGCGAAGUGAGUCUUCAAUCUUAAAGGAUCCCUCGGAUCCGUAUUUCCUUGGUGAGGGAAUUACAAGACGUCUUUUCCAGAGACCCGCCGUCGUUCCUACCUACGGACCAAAGUGUGCGUCAUGA